UCGGAGGCUUUUUCCGCUCUUGUUUAAACUGGAUCAACCGGAAGUACUCGGUGUACGUGAACCAAGGCGGAGAAAAGCCCCUUGCAAACAGUUUCAAAUAUUUAAAAAGUGUGCGCACCAUUAUUUGUGAACGCCGCUGCUUUUGUCACACUGUGAAGGAGUGAAAUUACGGUUGGAAUCUGGAUUGCUACAGGUAUCUGCACACUGCGCACGUUGUAGCAUUUGUACCAAUAAUCUUAGAGGGACAUCCUUACUACUAUCCUUACUACUUGUUCUGGCAUCACCUGACUGCCCAGAGGAGAUGACGGCAGAACCCAGUGACUCAGGGGAGGCUCUUCCCAAUGGCAGCCCAUCGCCAUCCAAACGAGGCAGAGGUCGACCAAAGGGCUCCGUGAAAAAGGCUAAGAUAAAUUUAUUUCCGAGGAAGCUCUCCCGGGUCCCCAAAGUCAUCGAGUUCUUCUCUGUCUCUGCGCCCAAGGAACAGGAACGCAAACGUGGACGGCCCAAGAAAAGAUUGAGGGGUCGGCCAAGAAAGACACCACUGUCACCAGACGAGGAGGAGGCGGAUAAGAAGAUGAGGCAGCAGUCAAAGCAGAGGAAGCGUAGACUAUCAAAACCGCUGGGGCGUCCGCGCAUCCACCCCGUUAAAGAUUCCCAGACCCCCAGUGGGCCGCGUAAAAGGGGGCGCCCUCGUAAGUCUGACUCAACCCCCAGCAGAACCCCCUCUAAGGGUGCUGCUGCUGCCGCCACCAAUGGGACCCCUAGCAAGAGAGGGAGGGGACGACCUCCCGGUUCAACAACCAAAGCUCGGCGUCUCCCAUUUACCCCAGGUCGGAAGAGGGGGAGACCGCUGGGCUCGGGGAAGGCCACAGCUGGUGAUGGAACCCCACGGAAGAUAGGCCGUCCACCGGGGAGUAAGAAACGGUCUCUGGAGGUGGCAGCAGAUGGCCCGCCAAAAAAGAGAGGUCGACCACUUGGGUCUGGGUCUGUAUCCCCUAAAAAGAUGAAGCAGAUUGUGGAUGAUGGUACGCCGAAGAAAAGGGGCAGACCACGGGGCUCUCUCGGCAAGAAGAAAAGGCACUGGAGGGCAAAAACACCAGAACCUCAGCCGGCCUAUGACGGCCCUCCACGCAAGAGGGGUCGACCCCGGAAAGCCCAAUCAGCUGACCUCACCUCUGGCAGUGAAGAAGCGGAGCAGGAGCCAACUGCGCUGGCCCAGGAGGAGGGGCAAGAGAAUGGACAGGCGGCAACAGCAGCCAAUGGGAGCACAGAACCAGCCCCAGUAGAAGAGGGGCAUGAUGACAUCCUGGCCCCCGUAGAGGAUGAAGACGAACUUCAGGGUGUGGAUGAGGGCAAUGCCGCUUUUGUCGAGGAGGUUGAGAAGAAGGAGCUGCCAGUUGGCAAAAGUGGGUCUAGUGGGAAGAAGACCCUCGUCCCUAAGGAGGUCGAGGAGAGCGAGCCGCCAGUUGGCAAAAGUGGGUCUAGUGGGAAGAAGACCCUCGUCCCUAAGGAGGUCGAGGAGAGCGAGCCGCCAGUUGGCAAAAGUGGGUCUAGUCGGAAGAAGACCCUCGUCACUAAGGAGGUCGAAGAGGUCGAGGAGAGCGAGCCGCCAGUUGGCAAAAGUGGGUCUAGUGGGAAGAAGACCCUCGUCACUAAGGAGGUCGAAGAGGUCGAGGAGAGCGAGCCGCCAGUUGGCAAAAGUGGGUCCAGUGGGAAGAAGAUCCCCAUCAAGCGGGGUGCCUCGUCGCGUUCAAGAGCCGUGUGAGAUGCCCGGGGUUGUAAGAAAAAAGGAGGCCUUGAUAAGUUGACUCUGCCAACGUUUUAUUUUUUUAACGAGAUGAACAGUAUAUGUAAUGCCUGUUUAUCCUUUCCAAAUGUAAGUAAAGCGCUCACUGCUUCCGCACACAGUUGCAUUCCGUCAACGCAUGUCAGUGGGUGUUCCCGAUGGUAGCUAUGCAAAUGACUUAAGGUAUAACCGUAAUUUGAUUGGCUGGUGCCGUCUGUUGUUCGCUUGUUCGUAAUUUGAUUGGCUGGUGCCGUCCGUCAGUGCAGCAAAGGUUGAACUUCUCAACGUGAGCGACGCGACGCAAUUAACCCACAAUUCAGUUCAGCAACGGUUAACAGUUAAGCCCAUGUGAAGUGGACAGGAUGCGUCUCCAGCACUGCAACGUACGCAACUGUAGCCCGACAUGUUGGCAUUGCCUAUAUCCUAAGCAAACAUUAUAGGUUAAUUAACUCGCACAACUUAAAUUAAAGUAGUAAAAUAAUAAAGAUAAAUUCUUUUGAUAAUGAAAUUUUAAGAAUGGGGAUUAGAUGACGUCACACCUCGACGUGCGCGGUGACCACUGUGUUAAAUACGGUGCUUACACACAGUUGCGUGCAGUGCUGGAGGUGCAGCUCGUCCACUUUAUAUGGGCUUAUUUCAUCCGUUGCCGAACUGAAUUGUGGGUCCGUUGGGUCGUGUUGCUCCUGUCGCCCCUGUCAAAGUUAAACUUUUGCUGCACUGACGGAGAGCAACAGAAGGCACCAGCCAAUCAAAUUACGGUUAUAGGCCUACUUGCAUAGUAGGCUACGCACCCCCGACCGUCUGGAACACCCACUGUAACGCGUUGACGGAACGCAACUGUGUGUAACCACCGAUAUACUGAGCCCUCAAGAUGUUGUUGCCAACUGGAGAUCCUAAACAAUUUUUUCAACAGUAGUCCCUUGGGGAGCCUAUGCUACUUGUGCUUUGUAUUGACACUUAGACCAAACCCAUCUAAUGUCAUUAAGAUGUUUAGACACAUCAUGUUAAAAAUAGACAUAAAGCUCAUUUUAGCUGGCGGUUGUCACCUGAUGGUCUGGUCGCUUGCUCUAUGUCUUGUCCCAUUCACUAAAAUAGAAAGGAGGAUUAUGUCACUGAUCGUGUGUCAGUUGUCUGGUGAUCACCUGCGGUCUGUGUCAGUCUUAAGAAAGAGAGUUGGGACUCCCAGGGUGGACUGAUUACUUCAUUAGUGUUGUUCAAGGUAGUCAGUGGUUAUUGUUGUAAAAAAAAAAUGUUGAAAGAUGUCUAGACCUACAAUGUCACAAUUGCAAGAAUCAUGAUUUAAGUCAAGAAACAUUUUUUGUAACACCAAAAGCUACUUGCUGUAUUAAGAGUGAAAGCAACUGUUAUUUGGUAGAUCUUUUAGAUGUGCCCCCUGUUAUGUCAGCCAGUGUGCUUUUAUGUUUGUUUUUAAAGAAUGUGUUUCAAGAAUUUUUAAUUUUUGCCUGUAUUUUUUUUAUCUUCUUUACAAAUGAAAACAAGCUCACUUUUAAUUUGGCCUGUGAGUUUUCUUUGUGUUUUCGUGUGUCAUUGUUGACCUGUUUUAAGCAUCUGACAUUUUAGAUGGACAUGUUAUUUUCUAUAACAAUUAUGUUAGCCUGAUAAGGUGGUUAAAUUGGAAAUGCACAUGAUCAUGAAACCAUGCAUUUUAGUGAAAUCAAAGAACAGGAAGAUGGUAUAGCCUUCAAUGUGUCAUAUUACAUAGCCUCAUGAAAGGGAAAUGAUUGUAUUUCAAAAUUUGAUAGUUAAUUUUGUGUUGUUAAAGCUACUUGGUUGUCCUACUGCUUAUGUUAGUAAAGCGACACCUCAUGACAGUCACAGGAGAAGGAACUCUAUUGGGUUUUGAUCCACGUGGUCAAACUUUAUUGUUGAGACUUGAGUACUUCAUUUUGUUGGGAUAAUUUUAAUUUUUUUAAAUAGAGGUAGAUUGAUGUGUUUUUCCCACUGUUUCAAGUACUGUUUUGUAGAUGGUAAGGCCUCUUGUAAAUGCAAGGCCUCAGCUACAACAUGAAAGGCUUUUGCUCUCCCUUUUUGCUGGCAUGUUUCCUUCCUGUAACAAAUUACAUUAUGUAUGUUUAUUUAGUGUUCCUUCAACUAAAUAAAGUCUAUUCUUUCAGUGUUGAACAUAA